UCUCCAGACAAUAUCUGCAGUCAUCAGAGGCUGCGGAGCCUUUAUCUUUGUGUGAGCUGCCUUCUUUUUUUUUAGAAAGACUGUUUGAAGGGGCAGCACUGGCAUUUUUAGAAGGACAAUUUUAUGAAUUAUGUGUACCCUUGAACAAGGGACAAGCAAACAUGCCACUCCCUUCAAGUCCCCCUCAAAUCAUGCUAUGGAUCUUUUUAAAUAUUAAUGAGAAAUGCACAGAAGGCAAUGCUGCAGGAAGGGUUACACUGUGAGCAUGAAACUGUGUUUGUGCAUUCUCAAGUGAAUAAAAGUGACGAAAAGGUCUGUCCGAUGAUGAGUAGCUUUGACUGAGAGAAAGUCCUCCUUUUAUUGUAUGUGACCUAAUCAGAUGAAAGCUACCUGAAAAAGAAAUUUCAUGCCUUGGAGACUUUGGGAUUAUAGUAUGGCACACAGAUUUUUGCAUCUGAAACUGGGUGCAAAUAUUUAUUACAGGAUGUACUAAAAGUGGAAAUUCCUUCAUUGGACUUAGAUGCCUGUUAAAACUGAAAUAGUGCUGUGAGACUACCUCUGCUGUCUAUUUAGAAAUGGGCUUAUACUCUGAGCAUCUUCUAUGGAAAGUACAGAUGGUGUAGCAUAGAAAUGCAGAAGUCCAUCAGAAAAGGCUGUAGCCAUCUUAGGUGAUUUUCUGUGUUUCCUUACAUGGACCAACUAUGCUUGAGUUGUACUGAAACAAUGCUGACGUGUGCACAGAAUAAGUUGUGACAUGAUCUGAAGAGUCCUACACUGUGUCCAUGAAGAAGAGCUUCUAAUGCUACAUUAGAAUAAGCUUGUUAUUUGUCAGUCUCAUUCAUGAUCAACAGUGGAUGCCUGAUGCUUCAAUCUGGAUGAGAUGAAAUGGAGGAACAAGCCAAGUCCAUAACUACUUUUUCGCAUUACUUAUACAGUGACAGUUAUGUAAGCAGAUAGCUGUAUUUCAUGGGAUAGUUACACAGUUGUUCUUCAUCGUGCACCACUAGCUCAGUGGUUUCUCUUGUCUGUUGUCAUGAAGAGGCCAAAGCAGCGUCCACAGUUCAGCUUCCUGAGUUUCUUUGGCCAGAAGUCCAGCACCAAACCAAGGGGUGAGACCCUAGCUGCUGUGGAGAGGACAGUCAACAAAAGCCAGGAGGAGCUUAAAGUGACUCUGACUCCUACUGCUGGGGCAGUAAUAACCACAAUGUCAUCCAGCAAUGAGCAGCUCUUGGACACUAUGGAAUGCCCGCUGUGCCUUCUCAACCAGCCGUGGUGCCAGUUUCCUGAGGUUUCCUCCUGCUCUCAUCGUUCAUGCUUGGAUUGCUUGCAGCAGUACCUCAGGAUUGAGAUUAUGGAGAGUAGGGUUUGCAUUUCUUGUCCACAGUGCCCAGAACUGUUCCACCCUUCUGAUAUCCAGAUGCUGUUAGGAGACAAAGCACUGAUGGAGAAGUAUGAGGAGUAUCUGUUACGGAGGUUUCUGGUGUCUGAUCCAGACACUCGCUGGUGCCCCUCUCCUGACUGCAGCUAUGCUGUCAUUGCUUAUGGUUGUGCUGAGUGUCCCAAACUGACAUGUGGACGAGAUGGCUGUGGAACAGAAUUUUGUUAUCACUGCAGACAAAUCUGGCAUCCAGAUCAGACUUGUGAACAAGCACGGCGGCAGAGAUCCCCAAACAUUCCAGGAACAAAUGAGCCUUCUACAUUUCUUAUGCUCAGUGAGGAGCCAGGAUGUGAAGCUGAGGAAAUUAAAGUCUGUCCCAGAUGUGGCGCCUAUAUCAUGAAGAUCAACGAUGGAAGCUGUAAUCGCAUGAACUGUACAGUCUGCGGCUGCCUCUUCUGCUGGCUUUGCUUAAAAGAGAUUACCGAUGUGCAUUUUCUUAGUCCUUCGGGGUGUACCUUCUGGGGAAAGAAACCCUGGUCUCGAACUCGGAAAAUCCUUUGGCAAGUUGGCAUGCUUAUCAGUGCUCCAGUGGUGAUUUCACUAAUUGCAGGCAUUGCAAUCCCGGUUAUAAUUGUUGGGAUCCCAAUAUACAUAGGACGAAAGUUUUUUGGACGAGCUAAGAAAGCUAACACCUCAGGAUGCAAACAAUGUAUGAUCGUAGCCAGCGGAGUAAUUUUCUCCAUUUUUGUUUCACCUGUGAUUGCAGCAAUAACUGUUGGUGUCGGUGUGCCUUUGAUGCUCAGUUACGUUUAUGGUGUAGUGGUCCUGUCAAUCUGUCGCAAUGGAUGGUGUUGGCUGCAGAAGGAACAAGCAGAAGGAAGACUAGCUGAGGAAGAUAAUUUAAAUAAAUUAAGUGAACUGUGGUCUGGACUGCCUAAUCGAGCAGCAAGUGAAAGCAGCGUGCAAGAGGUAAACUCAUUACCAAGCACGAGAAGGAGCCAUAGAGACAAGGAAGUUAAAGAUCAAGAUAACCAAUCAGCAAGCACCAUGGCAUUAGCAGGGAGCAUGCUCAGUGAGGUGCAAGAUCAAUCUUACAGGGAAGGAGUGAAUUUUGAGGUACAGGUUGAGAUUGAAACCCACCCAAGAACUGCUCGUGAACAGCAGAGUCUGUGUAGCAUUCUUUCCAUGCAAAGUCUCUCAGUGGAGUCCCUGGCCUGUUCCAGAGAGCAGCUUUGUGCAAAUGAUAUGGACAGAGUUACUGGGGCAGAAGCAAAUAUUGUUUAAUAGCAAUUCAAAAGCAUUUACUGUGCUAGUUUUCCUGAGCUGCUCGGCUUCAGAGCAUGUGCUAAACAAGAUCCUUGACUUCUGAAAUCAAAAGAGGCUCCUGAGUGUGCUUAUCAAUAUGAGGUCAGAUAGCCUGUUGCAGUCCUAUGGUCUGAGCACGAUCAUUGCAUUUUUGUGGCUCAAAUAGAUGUGAGCUUCAGCCUUUGUCAUCUGAAAUAAGUAGAUCUGAUUAAGAAAAUGGCUCAGCUAAUCAGAAAUGUUAACAGGCUGCUUGUACUAGAAUUAUGACUACUAUGAAAGACAGUUGGUGCCACAGUUCAGGAAAUAGUAUUGCACUCAUAAAAGUUUGUAAUCUGCAAAAAUGUCAUGGACGAUUUUAAUGGAAUGUUGAGUUGUCAUAUCCAAUAACUGAGCUACACAUGAAUGUAGUUUCAGAAAAAUGGGAAAUAUUUAGGAUUUGCAGCCUGUUUGGGACACCAGAGCUUUGAGGUCAACUUAGCUGACAGCUGUUAGAAAUGGACAUGGACUGAAUUGUUUGGGACAUGCUUGUCCUUGGCUAUGUAUGGAAAUUUUUUGGAGAAGUAAGAAACCGACGUGUGUAGAGAAUUGAAUGGAAAGUGACAUACAUAUGACGGUACUAAGAACCGCAGGGAAUAAAUGUAUUGCAUGCCCUGACACUAGCAAAAAAUGUAGAAUGCAGUUUCACCUAUGAGGUGGCUCAUUGAAGAAACUCCUUUGUGAAAAUUAAUCUAAAUUGGGAUUGGUAGCCACUAAUCAUGACGUGAGGUUUAUGAAUGGCCAGUGUUAUGAUGGUGGAUUAUGUUGUCUACGUUGAAAAAAAAAAACAACAAAGAUUCAGGCAUGCCUUUGUUAAAUGCUAAUUUAUACAAAAUAGAUUAAACAGCUGCUAACUUUGGCUCUGCAAAUUUGAUUGGUGAUGUAACUAUAAAGUAAUACACUUUAUGAAA